AUGUUUUUUGAAGGAUCUGGGAGAGUAACGAAUGCAACUCGAGCAAUCAAUGAAAGCGAUAACCUCCGUGUAGUGCUUGACGGGACAAUCCAGACGCUAUCUACUCAAAAUGCACCAGGCAAGGGUCCAAUAAGAGGACUACUCUUUGUCCCUAGCCUUGACCCUCAGGAUCCAUGCAACAAUGCCACAGCAUCGCUUGUGCCGUCCAAUUCGACUCGUCAUAGCCAUGUCGCUCCGUUGAACUUCCCCAACAUCGGCAUAGCGCCGUGGGUAUCCAUCAAUUGUACCAAGUCAUUUCUCAAUGCGUCGCAACAAGAAGACGUGGAAGCGCUGAUCUUCUUUCUACCUUCAACCAACGAUUCCAAGCCACCCGCGCCGGAGGAUUCUCUCUGGGAUCUGGGUGAUGCUGGAGCAUGGAAGAGUCAAAACAACUAUCCGGUCUAUGCGAUCCCCGGUCCUGCUGGGGAGACACUCAUGCGCCAGCUGUCGUGGUACUCUGAUAAUGCGACGUUGGUCGGAUUUGAUACGGGUAGCAAUCUAAAUGGGUCUUCAGCCCUGGCGCAGGAUCAGCAUGAUAUUGUUCGAUUGUUUGCUCUCAUAGAUUAUGCGGAGGAUCAUCGAAACAUGCCCAGUCUCUGGGGAUUCAUCCUCGCAAUUUUGGGAAUGGUACUGGUUCUCAGUAUCAUCAUCCUUCUAUGUUAUCAAUUUGUGCAGAAGAGACGCCGACUAGCCCUCGAGCGUCGCAUCGCUUCCGGCGAAGCGGAUAUUGAAAAUUUCGGGCUACAUCAAAUCAGGGUUUCGCGGGAGGUUCUUGAUCAAAUUCCCACAUACGUCUACCCCUCUGUCAACAUUCCCUCAAAGGCGUCUUUGAAAGGCAGCCCUAGUCAAACCCAGAUCACACUGUCAAGGGCCGAUGAUACAAGUUCGAUACGAUCUGUUGACCACCUCAAAGAGCCUCGUCUAGUCUACAAGGAGACAGAUAUGCAAGCAAGCAGCUCCACCAUCAGACUACCGGAAACUGCAAUUACGUGUGAGCGCAGUCGACCUCCCUCCGUGCGAGAGUGCAGCGACUCUUCCAGCAGGUCACAGCCCACCUGUGCAAUCUGUCUUGAUGACUUUGUCUCGGGAACAACGAUUGUGCGGGAACUUCCAUGCGGCCAUAUCUUUCAUCCGAGCUGCAUCGACGUUUCGCUUACACAGAUAAGCAGUCUUUGCCCGCUGUGUAAGAAAAGCGUUCUACCGGCGGAAUACUACUCGACGCCUGCGGACGAUACGGUAGUUCAUCGGGAUUAUGUCGUGACUGAGCAUUGA